AUGGCCACUGACUCAGGGGAGCCAGCCAGCACUGAAGAGUCUGAGAAACCUGAUGGAGUCUCUCUUGAAAACAGAGCUCCACAGGUUGCCGCCACUUUGGCCAUAGAAGCUAGAGUAAAGGAAAAAGCCAACACCUACUCGGCUUCUGGAGAGACUGUGGAAAGGAAGAGAUUUUUCCGAAAGAGUAUUGAGAUGAUGGAAGAUGACAAAGUUGCUGAAUCUUCUUCCAAAACUGAAAGAAUCAAGGCUGCCACAAACAUUCCAAGAGUAGAUAAACUUCCCACAAACGUGCUAAGGGGCGGACAAGAAGGUAAAUACCAGCAAUGUUCAAAAGCAGCUUCGGAAUCCUCAAAAGACUGCUUGAAGGAGAAGAAUGAAAAAGAAAUGGAAGAAGAAGCUGAAAUGAAGGCUGUGGCUACUUCUCCUAGUGGCAGAUUCCUGAAGUUUGAUAUCGAACUGGGUCGUGGAGCAUUUAAAACCGUAUAUAAAGGACUGGACACGGAAACCUGGGUUGAAGUUGCUUGGUGUGAGCUGCAGGACCGGAAGUUAACCAAAGCUGAGCAGCAGCGCUUCAAGGAAGAAGCAGAGAUGUUGAAAGGUCUCCAGCACCCCAAUAUAGUUCGGUUUUAUGAUUCCUGGGAAUCUACAGUAAAAGGAAAGAAAUGCAUCGUGUUAGUGACAGAGUUAAUGACUUCAGGAACCUUAAAAACGUAUUUAAAACGAUUUAAAGUCAUGAAACCAAAGGUUUUAAGGAGCUGGUGUAGGCAAAUUCUAAAAGGAUUACAGUUCUUACAUACUAGAACUCCUCCCAUUAUUCACCGGGAUCUGAAAUGCGACAAUAUCUUCAUCACAGGACCCACUGGAUCAGUGAAGAUUGGUGAUCUUGGACUAGCCACCCUAAUGCGAACAUCAUUUGCAAAAAGCGUUAUUGGUACUCCUGAGUUCAUGGCUCCAGAGAUGUAUGAAGAACACUAUGAUGAAUCCGUUGAUGUCUAUGCCUUUGGAAUGUGUAUGCUAGAAAUGGCUACUUCGGAGUAUCCAUACUCGGAGUGCCAAAACGCAGCUCAAAUUUACCGCAAAGUAACGAGUGGCAUAAAACCAGCCAGCUUUAAUAAAGUCACUGAUCCUGAAGUAAAAGAAAUCAUCGAAGGGUGUAUUCGUCAAAACAAAUCUGAAAGGUUGUCUAUCAGGGACCUACUAAACCACGCAUUUUUUGCUGAGGAUACAGGAUUGAGGGUGGAGUUAGCUGAGGAUGAUGAUUGCUCAAAUUCAUCGCUGGGCUUGAGACUCUGGGUUGAAGACCCCAAGAAAUUGAAAGGCAAGCACAAAGACAAUGAAGCUAUUGAGUUCAGUUUCAAUUUAGAAACUGACACACCAGAGGAAGUAGCAUAUGAAAUGGUCAAGUCUGGAUUUUUUCAUGAAAGUGAUUCCAAAGCUGUUGCUAAAUCCAUUAGGGACCGGGUGACCCUGAUAAAAAAGACGAGGGAGAAAAAACCUGCUGGGUGUCUAGAUGAACGAAAGGAUUCCCAGGGCCGGUGUAAAGGGAACGUAGCUCCUCAGCACAAGACUGCAACUUUGCCCCCUGCUCCUGCUCAGCAUACUGGCACUGAAUGUGAAGAAACUGAAGUUGAUCAACAUGUUCGACAGCAACUUACACAAAGGGCACCACCACAACACUGCUCCUCUGUUACUGGUGACAGUGUGUCUGAGGCAGGAGCAGGAGCAGGAGCAGUUACACGUUCAGAUACAUCCGGUCAGCCCAGUAUAGCCUGUUCCCAAAACCAGAAGAUGGUAUCUCAAAUGGGUUCUAACACCGCACAAUCUGAAAUGAAUAUUCCAGGUCAAAUUUAUCCAUCUCAACAACUAGUGGGACACUACCAGAACAUUUCAGGGUUGCAGAAGCAGCCAAAUUCAGCUCAGCUCCCAAAUUUGCCUUUGGUUCAAGGUCAAUCCACUGUUUUGCCUGUACAUGCCCUUGGAUCUACAGUCGUUUCACAUCCUCAAAUUUCUCCUUUAAGUGCCCAGAAGGUUUCACAGGUAAAGCCUACAUUCCAACCCGUUGGAGUUGAACAAGCAGCUCUUCAACAGCCAGAUUCAGUUCGAAGCUUGAAUCAAGAUAUGGCAACUAUGAAGGAAAAUACCAGUAACCUUGAUAAUACCAAUGUGAAUGGCAAACCACCGGACCGGAUUAAGCAACGACGGGCUUCCUGUCCUCGACCAGAGAAGGGGACUAAAUUUCAGCUUACUGUGCUUCAGGUGUCAACCUCUGGAGACAACAUGGUGGAAUGUCAGCUGGAGACUCACAACAGUAAGAUGGUCACUUUCAAGUUUGAUGUUGAUGGUGAUGCGCCAGAAGAUAUUGCAGACUAUAUGGUUGAAGAUAAUUUUGUGUUGGAAAGUGAGAAAGAAAAAUUUGUAGAAGAAUUGCGAGCUAUUGUAGUCCAAGCCCAGGAGAUCCUUCAUGUCCGCUCUACUGUGGCAGUGGAAGGAAGUGCUUUGGAAUCCACUGGUAACCAAGCUGGAUCAGCUGAGCAAGUACAGAUAAAUUCAGCAUCUACUCAGACUAGUAAUGAAUCUGCUCCUCAGUCCUCCCCAGUGGGUCGGUGGCGAUUCUGUAUCAAUCAGACCAUAAGAAACCGUGAGGCCCAGUCUCCUUUUCAGCAGUCUAUGUCUGCCGUUCCUGGGCUAGAAACAUCUCCCAGUGUAAGAAACACAAGUAAUAAGGAAGUAUCUCAGGACACGCUGCUAACUAAAGAAAAUCAUUCAUGCCAGCAUGCACUUUUCACCUCCAAAACAGAACACAAGGAUGUAGUUGAUGGCAAGAUUCCUGAAUGUGCAAGUAUAAAAUCUGAGCUUCCAGCCAUACUUUAUGAAGUUAAAGACACAGUGGCACCAGUUACUGGUACUUCAGUCCAUUCAGUUUCAGUUGAACACGAGGGACUCAGCAACCAAGCAGGCGUAUUUAUGCCUAUUUAUCCAGGUCACCACACUGCCAAUCAAGUCCAUGUUAGUGAAUCAACCCAGAUCACUGCAAGCUCUCAUACAACUCCAGUACUCAUGUCCAAUCAAAAGCCUCAGUCCUUAGCAGUAAAGCAAAUGAAUAUGGAUACAGACUUGAUUUCCCAAGAAGGAGAAACCACAGUAACCAGUGAAAUGAGUUCUCCUAAGACAAUAAUUCCUAUUCAGACUCCUGGCAUUGAGCAUACUUCUGUUCUGCCUACUGCCGUCCUGGAAUCUGAUGGAGAAAGACCUCCAAAAAUGGAGUUUGCAGACAACCGAAUUAAAACUUUGGAUGAAAAGCUGAGAAAUCUGCUGUACCAGGAGCACAGCAUCUCCACUAUCCACCCUGAGAGUCAGAAGGAAGCCCAGAGCAUGGACUCUCCAUUUUCGUCCUCAGCUGAAGAGAUGCUUUCCUGCCCAGUGCUGGAAGUCACAGCCGUCACUCACUGUGCAACUCAGAAUAGUCCUGCACAGUCCCCUCAUUUGCAGCAGACAGACUCUAAGACUAUGUCAAAUGUGGCUGCAGGUCAGCCUAACAUAUCAGUGUUCAAAAGAGACCUGAAUGUGAUAACUUCUGUACCCAGCGACUUGUGUUUACAUGAGAUGUCCCCAGAGGCUUCACUUCCAGGGGAUCCAGAGCCCUAUCCUGCUGCUGUGUCAAGCGCUGGAGCCAUUCGUCUGCAGACAGGAGCUGAAACAGAAGAGUUAAGAUCAGCAAUUGCUCUCGAUCCCAUGCCUUUGACACGAGAAUCUUCAUCCGACACUAGGGCUUUGAGUAGAUGCAAAGCGAUGGGUGCAUCAUUUCAGCGGGGUCGGUUCCAGGUGAUUACGGUUCCCCAGCAGGAGUCCGUGGAAGCAGCUUCGUUUGAAAUGGAACCUGCAUCGAGCGAAACAAUAAACCAUUCUAGGGAAGAAGCUCGAGCCUUUACGGAAAGAGCAAAGUCUCAGUCGGCAGACCUGGAACCUGCUGCCCAGAAUGUACAGACUUCACUUUCUUCUCUGAAGAUAGGAACUCUGCACCAAACCAUUGACGAAGAUAAAGGAGCUCCCAAACAGGGUGACACCUUCUUAUCUUUCAGUACGACAUGUGAGACUGACGUAUCUUCAGUGACUCCUGAAAAGGAGUUGGGAGAAACUUCAGCUACAGGAAGUAGCAUGCACUCUGAUUCCAGACUGUUGCUCAAAGAGAGAAAAACACUGGCUGCUAGCAAACAGCUUAGUUCUGAUAGUGAAUUUUCAACUACACUUUCUGGCAGUGGAAAGGCUGUCGCAAAGGCUGGUGCAGAGCAUGAUCCAGGCUUACCACACCAGCAAAGGGAACAAGCCUAUACCGCAACGCAGAGCUCGCUUUUCUAUUCUCCAUCUUCCCCAAUGAGCAGUGACAAUGAGUCAGAAAUAGAAGAUGAAGACUUGAAAGUGGAGCUUCAGAAGUUACGAGAAAAACAUAUUCAGGAAGUGGUAAAUCUUCAAACCCAACAGAACAAGGAACUACAGGAGCUCUACGAUCGCCUUCGGUCAAUUAAAGAUAACAAAGCCCAGUCGGUGCAAGUUGCUUCGCCACCACCUGCAUCACCACGCCGACCAAGAUCUUUCAAAAGUAAACUUCGCAACCGCCCUCAGUCCUUGACACAUGUGGAUAGUGGCGUGGUUGCCACAGAUCCACCAUGUGUGCAGAGUAAUACAGUAACACCCCAGCAAUCUCCAGCCAGCAAAAAAGGCAUGUUCACAGAUGACUUACACAAACUGGUGGAUGACUGGACCAAAGAAGCAGUAGGAAGUUCUCAUGCCAAGCCAAGUUUAAACCAGCUUAAACUGAGUCAACAGAAGUUAGAGACAGAAAACUGGAACAGAGUCUGUGAAAAUACUCCACCUACUAUGGGCUACACAUCAACAUGGAUUUCUUCUCUGUCCCAAAUUCGUGGAGCCGUCCCAAGUUCCUUGCCACAAGGACUCCCACUCCCUUCAUUUCCUGGGCCGUUGUCAUCAUAUGGAAUGCCCCGUGUUUGCCAAUACAAUGUUGUGGUGGGGACGGGGUACCCUGUACAGUGGGUAGGAGUUUCAGGAGCACCACAACAGCCUGUGGUAAUUCCUGCGCAUUCUGGGGGGCCGUUCCCAGCAGGGAUGAACUUGCAGCCAUUUCCAGGAUCUACCGUGCAUAAUCCAGCUGCGGUCCCUCCUGGUCCCAAGUGA